AUGGAAGAUGAGGUAGACGUGACGAGUAUUAACCGAGGAUCACGCAAAAAGCCAAGAAAAGAACGAAACAAGCGGCAAGUACAAGAUAAUAUAAGUGAUGCUUGCACAACAUGUACUUUAUUGAAUAAUAAAAUUAAAGCUGAAGAAGACUCGCAAAAGAAACAGCAUCACAUGACAGAAAAAAGGGUAGACAAGUUGAGAGCAAAUGCUUUUUACCAGUUAUUGAAACAAAGAGAUGACAAUUCUUAUUCCUUUUGCUUUGACUUGCAGCAAGUCAUACCUUUACCCAAAACACCAAUUCAAGAUAGUUUCUAUGAGCGGCAAAUAAGUUUUUAUAAUUUUUGUGUUGUGAUUUGUGAAUGUGGAUGGAAGGGACCCAGAUUUUUAUUGCUGGAC